CGUCACGCAACACUGGCAAUCAAGAUGUCGCUUCGUAGAGCGCUACAUUUCGUCUUCAAGAUUGGAAACAGAAAUGAAACCGUGAAAUUCUAUCGUGAUAUUCUCGGAAUGAAGAUUUUGCGGCAUGAAGAAUUUGAAGAAGGAUGUAAAGCAUCAUGCAAUGGUCCUUAUGAUGGCAAGUGGAGUAAAACAAUGGCUGGCUUUGGACCAGAAGAUGAUCACUUUGUUGUUGAACUGACAUAUAACUAUGGUAUUAAAGAAUAUCAACUAGGAAAUGAUUUUCAGGGUCUUACAGUGCACUCCAAGACUGCAGUAGCUAAUGCAAAACAACACAACUAUCCAGUAACAGAGCAAGGAGAUGGCUGCAUCACUGUCAAAGCCCCUGAUGGAUACAAGUUUACACUGGUGGACCAGGAUGUGACUGGAGAUCCAGUCAAAAAAGUUUCUCUUGGAGUCUCAGACGUUGCCAAAUCUUUAGUGUACUGGCAGAACUUAUUAGGCAUGACAGUGUAUGAGCAGUCAGAGACUGAAGCAUUACUGGGCUAUGACUCGGAUAAGUGUAAACUUGAGCUGAUUCAUCUUGGAUGCCCAGUGGAUCAUGCAACAGCGUUUGGACGAAUUGCUUUCUCGUGUCCCGGCAACCAGUUACCGGCCAUUGAACAUUCAGUCAAGGAAGCUGGUCACACAAUCUUAACACCACUUGUUAGUUUAGACACCCCAGGAAAGGCUACAGUGCAAGUUGUCAUCUUAACUGAUCCGGAUGGACAUGAAAUUUGUUUUGUUGGUGAUGAAGCGUUUAGAGAGUUAUCAAAAGUUGAUCCUGAAGGGGACAGCCUGCUGAAUACUGUGAGUAUAUUCACCAUUAAAAUCCAUCAAAUAUUUUCGCUUGCGCGCGCUUGGUCUAAACACGUCACGUGACCGAAUAU